GAUAAAACCCAAGGUAGACGUACGUAGGACGCACUGUAUCGGUAAGUGUGAAAAUUUUAAAAUUUUAACUUUAAUCAUGGAUUAAACAUCAUCUGAAGACUUCGGCCCAGUGUUAUCUACAUGAUAUUUGUUUAUUUCUCCGUUUGACGCACUUCUCAUCGAGGGAGCGUAGAGGUUAAGUUAUAUAAUAAUCUGGUAAAAGUAGGUUUUGUGUAAUUUUUUCGUCUGACGAUUGUGGGGAAGCACAGCAAUGAUGUAUAAAUGAUGAGAGGAGCAAUUGUAAUGUUUCCUGCCAUAAGCCCUACACUGCCUUCAGAAAUGUCUUGAGGUUAGAGUUUUGUCAAUGAUUAUUCAUAUUCUGUCCCACUGAUCGAUUAGUAGUUUUAGGUCCCAUAGUUAGCAGAGGCAUUAAAAGAAACUUCUGUAGAUCAAUAAUAGGGUUGCAAGGAAUAAGAUUUUUAACUUGAUGUAACCCUAUGAAACAGAUAUAUUCAUUACAAAGAAGUUCCAAGAGCAACAAGAUAAAAUUCUCCUCAUAUAUUAAAAAGCAAGAUCUUUCCAUUUAUCUAUCAAGCUUCGUACAUUGAAAAUUAUCUUGUAUGACUGAUGCUUUUUUCCAAGGGUAUCAAAAAUAUGCAAUAAUUUGUCUUCACUGCUACUCUAGAAUAGCAUUUUUCUUACUCUACAUGGUACCUAUAUCCUUAGGACCUCUGCUCUGUACCUUUUAUAAAAAUAUAUAUAUGGUAGGAUUUAUAAUUCUGUAAAUAUUGCAGAAUUGCAAAAAUUGUUUUGGAUAAAUUUUUUAUUAGUUUUUUUUUUCUGGAACUUCACCAUUAGAUUUUUCAUUGCAAUUCUUACAUUUUUUAUCAGUCCUCUAACUUUUGCAUAAAUACAUAAUGUGCCUAAACGAACCAAAAAAGUCAUUCAGUGUCACAUUUAAUUGUCCCUUUAAGUUUAUGCUUCUUCUGAGUAAUUGAUAUCACAAUUCUUAGACAGUAUUGUUUUGCUUUUUUAAGGUUUUCAAGGUUUGUUUGUUUAUUUUUUAUGUUAUGUAUUGUGUGAAGAUUUAUUUUGGUAUCAAGAGUACAAUUUCUGAAUUUAUUAUUUGCCAAACCAUUACAUAUUGAAAUAAGUUAUAUGUACAAUUCUGAAAUGUUAUUGCCAAAAACAGACUAAGGAUCAUCAGAUUUUAUAUAAUUUUGGAACAGAAGAUCAAAAAAUAAUUUCCUUGACAAUCAGUGUUCCUAUCACAUUAUGGAAUAAAACAUUUGAUCUAUUGGUGGUCCAAUUUGGCUGUCCCAAGGAAACAUGGGAGUUGGACGGUCAGAUAAUGAGAGUAUCGCAAGCCCGCUGCCUUGCCCUCAGACUGACGGUGCCACAGAACAUACCCAUAGAUAAAUCGCCAUACAAGAUACCACCAACAGCAUUUGUUUUAGCAGCCAUUGGUCUGAGUGUGUCAUCGUUCAGUCUGAAGCAGCUGCUGCAAACUAAGCAGCAUUUAAAUAUGAAGUGAAUCAGCCUCAUCGGAACUAAGGUUAUCUAGGAUUUUUUAUGUUUUUGUAAUAUGUUUCGACUUUUUUGUUAUAUUGUAUUAAACUAGAAUGGGUCGCGUAAAUAAUAUUCCAAUUUUGUGUUAUAAACGGUACAGAUAUAAAUUCAUUUUGACCAUAAAUUUAUCUCCAUUUUCUCUGUAGCGUUUUUUUUAAUGAUAUACAUCGCAUUUUUUGUUGUAUGAUUAUAUUUUCAAAUAGAGGUGUGAUGACUAUUA